UUGACCCAGAAGGGAACAAUAUUCAUAGAGGCAGGGAGAACUGGUUAGGGUUUGGAGAUGGCAUUAGAGAAAGUAAGAGUGUGCGUAACGGGAGCUGGAGGCUUCGUUGGCUCGUGGAUCGUUAAGCUUCUACUCUCCAGAGAUUAUAUUGUUCAUGGAACUGUUAGAGAACCCAGUGAUGAGAAGAAUGCUCAUUUAUAUAAACUUGAGAAAGCAUCUGAGAAUCUGAAACUCUUCAAGGCUGAUGUACUGGAUUACAAUUCUGUUUAUUCCGCCAUUGUUGGAUGCACUGGAGUCUUCCAUGUAGCCAGUCCUGUUCCAUCAACCACUGUACCGAAUCCUGAGGUAGAGGUAAUUGAACCUGCUGUAAAGGGUACACUCAAUGUGCUGAAAGCAUCUGUUGAGGCAAAAAUUAAGAGAUUUGUUUUUGUGUCUUCUGGAGCUGCUGUUGGCUUGAACCCCAGUUGGCCCAAGGAUCGAGUGAUGGAUGAGACUUGUUGGUCUGAUAAGGAAUAUUGCAGAACAACUAAGAACUGGUAUUGUCUUUCCAAAACGGAAGCUGAAAGUGAGGCUCUGGAGUUUGGAAAAAGAACUGGGCUUGAUGUUGUGAGCGUUUGUCCCACCCUUAUUCUCGGGCCACUUUUGCAAUCCACAUUGAACUCGAGUAGCCUAGUACUUGUUAAACUUUUGAAAGAAGGUUACGAGACAGUGGAAAACAAGCUGCGGAUGAUAGUUGAUGUGCGGGAUGUUGCUGAAGCCUUACUUUUGGCAUAUGAAAAGCCUGAGGCAGAAGGGAGAUAUAUAUGCACAGCAUACAUUAUCAGAGCUCAGGAAUUUGUUGAUAAAGUGAAGAGCAUAUAUCCUAACUACAAAUAUCCUAAAAACUUCACCGAGCCAGUGGAGGAAAGAGUGCUAACUUCAGAAAAGUUGCAGAAGCUGGGUUGGAGUUACCGGCCAUUGGAGGAGACUUUCGUUGAUUCCGUUGAGAGCUACAAGAAAGCUGGGAUCUUAAAUUAAGAAAGUUGUCAUUUUAAUAUAUGCGUCCACUUCUAUCUGCGUAGAAGGAGGAUAUGUUUGGUGUAAUAAUAAUGUUUUCAAGGUUAAUAAAUAUCUGAGAAUGGAUUUUUUUCAGUACUGGAAAAAUAAAAAAUCUUACAGAAAUUAUUGUAAACCUCCAUUAACCAGUUUCAAGGUGUA